AUGCCGGCUAAGGCUGCUGUGCUGGUGCCAGCCCAGGACACAUGCAAAAGACCUGAUUGGGGCCCAGGACUCCAGCUGACUCCAGACCAGGAGAAUUACAAGAAGAAUGAUGAAGUGCUGCUGCGCUGCCCUGCUGGUUUCCAGCCAUCCUUAAGCCGUGUCAAAUGUGCAGGCAAAAUUCAGACAAUCAGCAACGGGAAUCGUGUAUACAGAGAAGCUUGGAAUGGAAAGAAUGGCAGUGACGUGUGGAUCAACAUUGACCCCAUGUACCGUGUGGAGUGCCUGGAUGUUCUCCAGGUUGUCCCUGGAACCUUGGAGAUUUCCAGCACCAGCAUCAAGCUGAACUGGACCUGCAGGCUCCCUGACACCUGCCAGGAUAUUUGGGCCAAGUGCCGACUGGAAGAUGAGUACUCCUCUCCCUGUGAAGCUGAGGAGGUGAAGGGAGAGGAGAGGCUACACGGCUGGAAAGGAACAUUUACCUGCCCCCCCCUGCAGCCCUUCACUCAUUACAGUGUCACCAUCUCCCUGCCCCCCAGCACAAUCCUCUUCACACGCAUCUACAGGACAAAGGAAACAGUGCCAGAUGCACCCGAGGACUUGCAGCUGGAUCCCAGCACAGGGUCCCUCGGGUGGAAGGCGCUGCCCUCCUGCAAAGGGGAGAUCCUUGGAUACCAGCUGAACAUCACAGCCAGGAGAGCACAGGACAGCAGCUUCCUUGAUUUCCAGCAGGUGACAGUGAACCAGUCUGUCACCCAGUACACGCCGCCUGCUCAGGCAGCUGGAAGCACCUACGUGGUGACAGUGCAGGGCCUGACGGCAGCUGGUGCUGGCCCUGCAGCCGUCCUGGAAUUUCAGAGCUACAUCUCAGAGCUCCAGACCUACGAGAACUUGGAUCCUUAUGGCAUGAUCAUGGGUUCUCUUCUGGCAGCGGAAGAUGCAGGUGUCAUCUGA